UCCAAGGCCGCUGGGUGGUUGGCGGCGGCGGCCAUGCGCCCGACCUCGGACUCACCUUCCCACCGGCAGGAAAUCGACGGCGACUUCGCCGGGAUGAACUCGCGGCUGCGGCACUGGCGUGAGGCCGCCACGGUGCUCCUGACGGCCGGCGGUGUCGGCCCGGGCCCGGCGGCGCCCGGCGUCGGGACUGGGGCCCGGCGUCGGCCCGGGUCCUCCUCCUCCUCCUCCCCCUCCUUCGACUACCACGUGCUGCUGCUGCGGCGGAGCCCCCGCAGCGCGUUCAUGCCCAGCGCCCACGUCUUCCCGGGCGGCGUGCCCGGGCCCCUCCCGCCGGCCCCCGAGCUGGCCGAGUGGCGGCUGCGGGUGCAGCGGCAGCCGGCCUGCUUCCUGCAGCUCUGCCGGCACCUGCGCUGCGUGCCCAACAUCUGGGCGCUGCACGAGUGGAGCAACUGGCUGACCCCCGUGGGCCGCGGCCGGCGCUACGACACCGCCUUCUACCUCUGCUGCCUCGGGCAAGGCCCGCCGCCCGCCUCCCACGACCAGGUGGAGGUCACCGCCUGCCAGUGGACAGAGCCCCCAGAAGCUAUUGAACUCGUUAAGUCUCAAGACAUCUGGAUACCACCUCCUCAGUUUUAUGAAUUAUGCAGACUCUGCAACUUCCCAUCACUUCAUGAUCUGCAUAGGUUUGGCUUUGAACGAGCCGCAGAGGGAUGUGAACGGUGGAUGUGUGUUCUGUUGACUGCGUCUGAUGGCUACAUGCAGCUAUUACCAGGCGAUGAACUAUAUCCUGAAGAUCCGGAUUUUACGGGAGAAAGAAAACCAGCAUUAUCAACAAAUAAAAAGAUUGAAGAUGUCUUGAAAGAAGCCACUAGGCUUCACCGGAUAGUAAUACGAGACCUUAAUAAUGUUACAGUUCAUGUUAAUAUCCCGCCCAAAUAUAAACAUAUCAAUCCACUGCCACUGAACUCUAAAAUGGGAAACACUUCAAAUUGCGGUAGCAGAUUAUAGCAUUAUUUUUGCCAUUGACGUUUCCAAAAGGGUUUACAUAUUCUUUAUUUUAAAGUGGCACAUAUGAGAGAUACCAAAUAGGCUUUCCCAGUGGGGUUCAGAUCUUGCCAGAGAACGUAUGUUUUGGGAAUAGCAAUAAUUAAAAUGUUCUUGUGCCACUUUAUAUACCUCAGGUCUGAUAUCACUGAUAUAAGGCUUCAGUCUGAGUAAUUAUUUCUCUAUGAAUUUCUUUGCAAAUGUGCCAAUUCUGCAGUAGAGACAUCUGUCUACUAAGUACUUGACCUUAAUUUACACGUUUAUGAAUUUGGGACAUUGACAAGCCUGUUGGACGGUAUUAGACCAUGACCGACUUUGGCCAUUUGUCAAUUCCUGGUUGAGCCGAAGUCCCUCACUAUCAAUGUAGCUCAGCAUCUUGGAACAAUUCCAUUUUUUUCCUUAAAAAGGUAGGCUCACUGUUUUUUAAAUAGAAACCCCACCGAAUUGCCUCUAAAUAACUGUGUUUAAGAUUGUAGAUAUAUGCUACAAUCUUGUAAGCACAACUGAUUUUUAUUAAUUAUACUCAGUUCAGAAGUUGUACUUCUGGAACAUAUUUAAUUGGUGCAUUAACACGCUAGUGCUGCCAACACUUCAUUGGAUAAAUUCAGUUGUGUGAUGGGGCUUUCAGUUUGGAAUGUUAACCGUGCAUUUAAGCUACCUGUUUUGCUAACUAUUUAUUUGUCUUAAAAAUAAAUAUUUUCAGCAAACUUGUUUGGUUUCAUUGGUGCUAGUAAUCUUUUCAGACUAAGAAUGCCUUUCAAAUUAUUUAUUUAGAUACAUACUCCACGUCUGCCCCACCUCUCUCCAUUAGAGAUCCUAAGCAGCUGACAUAAUU